UUGACUGUGAAAAAGCCGCCAGCGGCAAGCUGCUCUCCACCACGCCUACCUGGGCUCUAGACAACCACGGCUUGCAGCUUCCCCCGCCUGUGACCACAGUGCAGACAAGCCAUGGAUCCCAACUGCUCCUGUGACACCACUGGUAAAUCUUGCUCCUGUGCCCAUUCUUGCACAUGCAAGAAGUGCAAAUGCACCUUCUGCAAGAAUAGCUGCUGCUCCUGCUGCCCUGUGGGCUGUGCCAAGUGUGCCCAGGGCUGCAUUUGCAAAGGGGCAUUGGACAAGUGCAACUGCUGUGCCUGAUGUGGGCAGAGCCCGGCUUCCUGAUGUAAACAGAGCCACGCAGACAAGUCACAACCCACAGUCCUGACACAUUUGCCAUAUUCCUUUUGGUUCAAAAAUAUGUGAAAGAUAAUAAAAAUCAUUAGCGUUA